AUGAGUGAGGACCCUGGAGGGGGAGUCCGGACAUUUGGCUCACGCUUUGAGCCGUUGUCCGGAGGUGACUCAACAGAAUUUACGGAAGUGACAUCACCGAAAAACAAGCCCGGCAAGUCAGGCAAGCGGAAGGACACGGUACCGAACCAGAAUCUGUACACCAAACAAAUCCGGAUGGACCAGUACAACGGACCACGUUUUCUGAUCCUCAAACGCACUGACCCUGGAAAGACAAUGGAACUCGAAAAUCCUUUCUUCAUUAAGAAAGCGAUGGACGCCAUCACGACAAACGUUCAAAUUAGCAGAUUGAAAGAUGGCGACCUGUUGCUGAAAACGGUUGACCGACAACAAGCAGCGAAGUUGUUGAAGCAAGAAAAGUUUGGCGGCACGAUGAACAUCAAAAUCACGGAACAUCCCAAACUGAACCUUUGCUCCGGAACCAUUUUCUGUCGAGAUCUGAUCAAGGUCUCUGAUGAACUCAUCCUCAGCGAACUCAAGGACCAGAAGGUAGUCAAGGUUGAUCGAAUGAAGAAAAAACUCGACAACGGACAGCUUAUCGAUACGGGAGUCUUUAUCCUCACGUUCGAUUUGUGCCACAUCCCUGACUCCAUUGAUGUUGGAUUCUACCCGUGCAAGGUCAAACAAUACAUCCCAUCCCCCCUCCGCUGCAUGAACUGUCUUAAGUACGGACACACCAAAAAUCGCUGUACUGGACCUCGGACCUGUGCCAAUUGUGGUACCCCAUACCAUGAUAACGCCCCGUGUCCAAAGCCGAAUUCCUGUCUACACUGUCAAGGACAACAUUCCGCUCUUGACCGAAAAUGUCCCAGAUACUUGGACGAAAUGGAAAUCCAAAAAAUUAGUGUGACUGAACGCCUUUCGCUGAACGAUGCCCGCAAGAAGAGAAGACAACAAGUACCCGAAGUCCCAGUCUUCACCAGCAGCUUUGCGCAGGUGGCCCGAGGUCUCCGAACAGCAACUGAUCCGAGCAGAAAUCUACAAUCAGCAGUCGCCCCAAAUCAACCCCGAACGCCGCAACCAGCCAAGCCUACGAAUACAAAGAACGACAACAAAUCAUCACCAACACCAACUGGACCAAACAACCGUGGACAACUAUCACCAAUGAACGAACUCAACAACGCAGACCAACAACCCAGCUGCUCCACUACGACGAACGAUGUGAACGCAUUGUUUGUCUCGCAGACCAGCAUGCCACCCGACUUUAUGAUGCACACACAAACGAUCGAAGGUACACUCCAGCCACAACAAUUACUCGCUCUAUCACAAACACCUCACAAUCUUAUGGAUUGUGACCAACAAAUUGACACCGACACUAACACUAUCAACAACACCAACACCAACACAAACACGAAUUCAGCAGAAUCUAACAACCUACUAACCAUUUCCCAAGCAAUUACUAACUCUAUUAACAUUCUCGAACAAGUAUCAGAAGAAGAAUUCUAA